AUGCCUCCAUUCGCGGGUUCUGUUGACAAGGACGAGGACGUACCCAUGGCCGGGAAUCCGCCCUCGGAAUCGUUGGCAGACAUCGAAGAGGCAGUACCUCUCUACCCGGAGUACACUACUUCCGAAUCAACUAGGAAUGAUCUCGUCUCCAUCAUGCCUGGUAACAACCUCACUACAGAUGCGUUCUGCGCAGUAGCUGAAGGUGUCUUUCAAGACCCUUCCCAUGAAUCGAUUGUACCAAGAUACCUUGUUAGGUCAUAUUUCGAAGCAGAGAGUGAUGCUGCCAAGAUGGAGAUAUUGGAAGCCGUCACAGAGCACUUCCAAGAUCCAGCACCUGGGAAAAGACGGGAAACAUUCAUCGUGUCACCGUUCGACGACAACAUCAAUUUCCUCGUGAGAUAUGGGGCCCAUUCUCAUGGCCGGAGCUUGACGAUCAUUGGACCCUCCAACCUGAUAAGAGACGUGCCAGCAUGGCUGGUACACCUCAUUGAUCGUGUUUUCGAUAUCAUGCGUCUCCGGAUUCCCUACUUUGAGCCCAAGGGGAUUCAGAUGGUUCUUGCAUCAGCAGGACCUCUGACUCACCUUGCUUUCUUAUCUCAGGCAAUUCAAGGCGUUCGCAGCGACUGUUUCUGGGAGUUUGCGGGUAAGGAGUCCAGAAGCCAGCUUUGCGGUGAUGCUCUUGGCAUUGUGGACUGCUCUGAGUCUAUGAUGGAGUAUCAGUUUGCAGACGAUGAGGGUGAAGGGUCCCAGCUGCAGCCUCGUUCCCGUGCUCGUUCUCGUUCUCGUUCGCCGCCCUCUCUUCGUCGGAGCAGCCGCCUUAAGCGGAGAAGAAUCAAUUACAGUGAAGUGUCGGACACCGACGGCAGUCAUGACGAUAAGGACGACCUUUACAGCGAUGGCGAGCAGGAAUCUGACCUGGGUUCUGGGGGACAAUCCGAAACUGUCGAGUUCUCUUCACCAGAAGACAGCGUUCCGGGUGCCUAUGGUAAGGCGCCUGUGAAGACCAGAACCACACCCCUCGUGCCCGCGUUUACCGAAGCCGACCUGAUUUUUCCAUUGACUCAGCCUGACGAAUUGAAACUAGCGGUUCUCUUUGCCGCUUCAAUCCAGGUGGCACAACUGCAAACGAUGGUGUGUACUACAGCUGUGAGGAAGCCAGUUAUUGUCUGGCAACCGCUGCGAUUGACUGGGCCUCGGUCUCUAUAG